AUCGGCCAUGUUGAAUUUCUUGCAACGCAGGAAAUGUCAGCUGGCGGUUGCCGUAAUUAUUCAUUGUAAAAUCUGUGAUAAAAGAUUUACUCGAAGAGUUUUCUGUGAUAUAUUAUUUAAAUCAGCAAUAAAAAAGACCACAAUGGAAAAUUAACAUAAAGUGAAAAUAUGAAAUAUUCUCAAAAGUGGCCUGCGAUUUCACUUGCAAUUGUAUGGUUUGUGACGAGAUAAAAUGAUAAAAACUCUGACUGAACUGUCUUAAUUAUUCUUUAUUUUCAUGUUGUUAUUGUUUAAGUGUUAUCAAGUGUAAAUAAUAAACGCAAGUGUGUUAUAUUGUUGACCCCAUACCUUGAUUGCACCUGUCACCUGGGGAUUUUAAGUUCAUUUGUACCAUCAGACCAUUUAAAGGAUUAGUUAUUAUAUAGCUAAGAAUUCUCAAUAAAACAGCGAUCAUGAACGGAUCGGAAUCCGGGUUCAACCCGGCAUUUAACAUAGCCACAAUAAAACAAGUUGUAAAUGAAGCAAUAGAGAGAGUCGCGCCGGUUUCAGUACGGAUGCAGACUCCCACACGUCUUAGGGAUCUGAUUCGUCAAAUUCGUGCGGCCAGAACGGCUGCGGAAGAAAGAAGUGUUGUGAAUAAGGAGUGUGCAUAUAUUCGAUCCACGUUUAGAGAAGAAGACAGUGUGUGGAGCAGAUGUCGCAACAUAGCGAAACUCCUAUACAUCCAUAUGCUGGGUUAUCCAGCGCAUUUUGGUCAACUGGAGUGCCUCAAACUGAUAGCCAGCCCUCGCUUCACGGACAAGAGGGUUGGAUAUUUGGGUGCGAUGCUGUUAUUGGACGAACGGCAAGAUGUACACUUGCUCAUUACUAAUUGCUUGAAAAAUGACCUGAACAGCAACACACAGUUUGUUGUGGGACUAGCGCUCUGUACCCUCGGGGCUAUCGCGUCACCAGAAAUGGCGAGAGACCUCGCAUCGGAGGUGGAACGUCUGAUAAAGUCCCCGAACGCCUACAUCAAAAAGAAGGCGGCCUUAUGUGCCUUCAGGAUUAUAAGAAGAGUACCAGAUUUGAUGGAGAUGUUCUUGCCGGCUACGAGAAGUCUUCUAACUGAGAAAAAUCAUGGUGUUCUUAUCACGGGCGUGACCCUUAUCACGGAAAUGUGUGAAAAUAGUCCGGACACUCUGAAUCACUUCAAAAAGGAGAGCGGACAGCGCGAGAUUGUGCCGAACCUGGUGCGAAUAUUGAAGAACCUCAUACUUGCUGGUUAUUCACCGGAGCAUGAUGUUAGCGGUGUUUCCGAUCCAUUCCUUCAGGUGAAAAUUCUCCGCCUGCUCCGAAUACUAGGCAAAAACGAUGCCGAAGCCUCCGAAGCGAUGAACGAUAUCCUUGCCCAAGUAGCCACGAAUACUGAAACGAGCAAGAACGUUGGCAACACAAUAUUAUACGAAACUGUACUCUCUAUCAUGGACAUUAAGUCUGAGAGUAGCUUGCGUGUGCUGGCCAUCAAUAUUUUGGGGCGUUUCCUUCUUAAUAAUGACAAGAAUAUCCGAUAUGUGGCGCUGAAUACACUCCUGAGGACGGUCCAUGUUGAUACGUCAGCGGUUCAACGGCACAGAACAACUAUAUUGGAGUGUUUGAAGGAUCCAGAUGUGUCCAUUCGUCGUCGCGCGAUGGAGCUCUCGUUCGCCCUAAUCAACAGUCAAAACAUCCGUGCAAUGAUGAAGGAGCUGCUCCUCUUCCUGGAGAGAUCUGAUGCGGAGUUCAAAGCCCAUUGCUCCAGUGCAAUGGUUCUGGCCGCUGAGAGAUAUGCGCCUUCCAGCAAGUGGCAUUUGGAUACGCUGUUCCAAGUCUUAUUGAAGGCCGGAAAUUACCUUCGCGAUGAUACAGUAUCGAAUACGAUACAAAUAAUAUCGUCUGCGCCCGGCGAGAGGCAGGCGUAUGCGUCUCAGCGAUUGUGGAUCUCUUUGGAAAGAUCAGCUGUUUGUGGUGAUUCUACUGAGAAACAGCCAAUUAUACAGGUGGCUGCUUGGACGAUAGGAGAGUACGGAGACAUGUUGGUGUCGGAAGCCAGCAACGCCAUUUCCAUGGUCGAUGAUGAUGGAAUUGAUGAAUUUGUCCGUCCGUCGGAAGAGUACGUGAUCGAUAUAUACCAGAAGUUGUUAUGGUCCACGCAACUGUCAAUCACCACGAAGGAGUUCCUUCUCUUAUCUCUGGCCAAGCUGUCAACUCGAUUCACCACACAACCCAGCCAAGAUAAAAUACGCGUCAUCAUUGAUACAUUUGGCUCCCAUAUUCACAUAGAGCUGCAACAACGUGGUGUUGAACUGUCGCAGCUGUUUAGACAAUACGCGAACCUGCGACCGGCGCUCCUAGAGAGAAUGCCAGCCAUGGAAGUGGUCAGCACGGGAGAGAGAGACGACAGCGACACAGAAAUCGAACCAGCUGCGCCUGCGCAUACUACGCAACCCGAUCAGGACGCGCUGCUGGACUUAAUAAUCGGUUCGGAGCCAUUGUCCAAUGGAGAUGUUGAACACGCACCACCUGCCGCUAACAAUAAUACUACCAAUGAUAUUCUCGAUCUCCUAAGCGGUCUGGACCUAACAGCGCCUGCUCAGGCGCCUAUGGGCGUAAUGGGCGCGCCUAUCACCACGCCCAUGAGCGUAGCAAACAACAACGUAUCGCCCCUACUUGACGGCCUAUUCACAUCGCCAGCCCCAAUAACACAGAUGCAAGCGCCUGAUACCAUAGUAACAGCUCUAGAGCGUAAUGGGCUCAAAGUAGAAUUGCACGUUCAACGCGGAGGAGAAACGGCAACGAUCACUAUGAAGGCGCAUUCCACUGCUGACACUGCUAUGAGCGAGUUCCUCUUUCAAGCAGCCGUGCCCAGAACAUUCCGCCUGGACAUGAUGUCUCCAUCGGGAAGCGUUCUCACACCACAAGGAGAGAUCACCCAACUUCUAAAAGUUACUAAUCCUUCUAAGACCCCGCUCCGUCUAAGAAUAAGAAUAUCAUACACAAUCGAUGGCAACCCAGUAUUGGAACAGGCGGAAGUCAACAGUUUUCCCACGGAUUUGUUCAACUGACGACCUGUUAAUUUCUAGUGCGGACAUUGGAUCUACUCGCUGGAUGUUGGAUGAUAUUGUAUAGUAUUUGGAUGGUAAAAACUAGAAAAUAUUGACUCAAUAAAUCAAUUUACAUACAAUAUAAGCAAAGGCAGCUUAAUUAUGAAAAAUAUUAAAUAUAUUUGACAAUUUUAUCUGCUUGGUUCUGAGAUUCCAAUUGAGAUUUGAGCUUUUCAAUACUAUUUUUAAAUUAAUAAAUCGUUAAGUAAACAGUUUCUUUCGUAAAUGCGCAAUUAAUAUUUGAAUAUCAUCAAUAUCAUCAAUAUUUUGCGGUACAGUGUCUCAGUAGGCCAUAUUGGCUUCUAGAAAUUGGUCCUGUCAGAGCAGCUUGAAUGGAUAGCGGUAGAUCCCUCACUUUUAGAGAUUCUUUAACAUUCCACUUUAGAUUAUAUUGCUAAUAAGUAUAUGUACAUAAGGAUAAAAAUUAUGUAAAUUGCACAUAUUUCUUAUACUUCAAAGUUAUUUUCCAUUCAAUAAUCCUUUUGUACAUAUAUUUAUGAGAUCAACUAAAAGACUUAUUCCUUCGUGUGACUAGUGUCUAGGUCCCAGCGUAUCAAUGUGGGGGAGUCUUUUGAUAAAACUGAUUUUAAAAACUAGUCAUGAACUCCAAUAUUACUAAAUAAUAUAUAUUUAAAAUUUUUACUAUAACAAAAACCAUGUAAAUAUUCCUGUAUUGAUUAAAAACAUAUCUAAAAUAUCUUAGAAACUAAUAUCCAUAUUUUUUAUCAUCACAAUUCUACUACAUACUAACCUAACUUGGGCAGUAUUGAACACAAAGAAUCAUUAUCAUAAAUUAACAUUUAUAUAUAAAGGUAGAAAUCCAAAAUUAACAUUUACAAAAAUCUAGACAAUCAUUUAGGGCCAUAAACACUCACUGUCUAUGAAAUAUUGUUUCAUGUAAUUAUAACUAUUGAACAGCUGAGAGGUCAUCUUUUAAAGGUGAAUGACCCCAAGUUGUACUUUUUGUAACUUUUUAAAUAAAAUGUAAUAUUGUUUAGUACAGGGUUUUUGUUAUAUUACAAAAUAAUAUAUGUUUAUUAUAUUUUAUUUUCAGUAUUAUAUACAAACUCUAAAAUAUUUCUCAAAUUAUAAGAUCGUAUUUAUAUGAUAAUAUUGGGUUCAUUGAAUAGUUUUUAAAAGUAUUUAGAUAUUGGCUUUACUUUUGCUGUCAUUUGGUAUUUGCUGCGUAAAUAGAGAUGACUGUUACUCUCAGUUAGAUUAUAGGAAUCGGGCUGAACCAUCUAUAUAAUGUAUAUAGUGGCAUAUAUCUGUAUAAUAAGAUGUAUAGUAAGAAUGACGAAAUGUACUUAAUAUCAUAUUUUUAUUACUUUAGCGUCUAUACCCACUAAUGUAGUCAAUAUCACGAUUUAUUUAUUAAUUAAGAUUAUUCCGCAAUUUUAUGUUUUUAAUUAUUUUUAUCGCUUGACCAAUUUCAACUUAAAUUUACCAACAAUUUACUAUUUUGUUUUGUAAAUGAAGAAAGAAAAAUAAACGAUUCUCACAAUCAAAAUACUAGUUGUAAUUGCAAGUUGUAAAAUUUUCUAUUGAAAAUGUUUUUGCUUUCUGUUCUUUUAUAGAAAAAUUUACCAUUUGUAAAUAUUACCAUUAGUGCUUUGCUAGCGGUGAUUUGGUUUUAACAGAAUUGACUAUAGAACAUACACCAUGUUAUUUAAGUUUCUACUAACCUUUUAGAUUGUAGUAAUUUAUACCGCCUCCCUAGCUCAGCGGUAUAACGCAAAGCGUGGAGGUCCUGGGUUCUAAUCCCAGGGAAAUUAGUUUAUGCUGUCAAUUCUAUUGUUCCUUACUAAGUUUGAGUUGCAAUGUAAAUAAUUAUACAGAUUUACUUUUGUAGCUAUUGCAGAUUCUAUAUUUCUUACAAAUCCUUGAAAAGUAUAAUUAAAUAGCAUUCAGGUUAUUUUAUAAAAUCAAUUCCAAUAAUUUUAAAUUCUAUCCAAUAAAAUUUUUAUGUUUAAAUUCAUUAAUGCAAGGACAAUAGCCGACAUUGUUAACCCAACCCAACCCUUUUGGGGCAUAUAUGACCUACAUAGACCUCAAACUUAGAGGUUGAUCAGCAUUAUUAGUAGAAUCUAUACUUUUAAUUAAGUAACUGCUAUGUUUGAGUGCCGUUUGUGUGGGCUUUUUCCUAUAUUAAUCUACCUUAACCAACAUACUAAGUCAACUUUUAAAAAAAAUUGCCCAAUAUGUACCAUUUACUAUGUCUGCUUGUUUCAAUAUAUUUCUUAAUAAAAUUUAAUACGUCUCCAGGACUCAUUUGGUUAAGACCUAGUUGAUUUCCAAGGUAUUUAUUAAUUCAAAAAUGGUUCAAUGUCUCGGUAAAUCCCUUUUAAUUUUAAACGCACGUGUUUUUCACUUUGUUUUUCGCAUGAGCUUCGCAGUACGCAAUUUGGUGCUUUAUUUUAUGUAAGUCUAGAAGGCCCUCCACGUGAGAUGAUUAAAGCUAUGUGAAAGAUGUACAUAAUGAUUUUAUGUAAAUUGGUUAAUAAAUAUGUGAGAAUGUUUAUAUAAUCA